UACAAGAGGUGCAAAAUAGUAACCUCGUGUACGAAGUAGCGCGACCGAUUUGUAAUCGUCGCGAUUACGCGGAGCCGCGAGAGACGGAAUAUCGGCGGCACCGUUGGUGAUUUCGGUAAAUGAGAUAUAAACGAAUAACCGGCGAGCUACACGACUUUUCCGUGGGCAAUUAUACGAUCGGCACGCAAAGACAGAUAUUAUGGAUGGUUAAUUUAUUUACGCGGCAACGGGAGUAGAGUAAAUAUAUGCAUGUAACGUAUAAUGAGGACUUACUCCUAACAAGUGCAAAAGUCCGUGAAAUAAAUAAGCUGAAACUGAAGUACGUUGAUGAGAUCGCGUGCUUGCGGGGAAUCGAAAUUACUUUUGCGGAGACUGCUUUGAACACCGGAAUUUCGGGCAACACUCAGCAGCAACAGCAGUUCCUCGAGCCGAGAAUGGCGCAGUUGGAGACUCUGGAGGCCAAGAUGGCCAGUAUCGAGGUGUCCCUGUCGACGACACCUCGGCGUAAAAAAGGCGGCAGUAUAACAGGAGUGACGUCUUCUCCGGCUGGACAUCGGGCUCGAGAUGUUGGAAAGGAAUUGGACGCCCUACGAAUCGCCCUUCGUGACAAAGAAAAUAUAAUACAAAAUCUCAAGGGACAACUGUGCAAUACCCUCAGCAAUCGUUUAUCCUUACGUAAUGGUCCAUCCUUGACCGAAUCGGACCGCAAAGCAGCCGAAGAUCGUCUUCAGCGGCUACGUCGUGAUGCCGAUAACAAGCGGCUGGCUAUAAAAAAUCUUAAGCUGGCUCUGGAACGACUGGAUAUUACAGACAAUAUAGACGUCCGGAUACAACAGGCCGAGCUUGAAUACAGAUUAGGGAGGGAAGAACUGGAGCUUUUGACUCUUAGAGAAGAGAGUCGAGCCCUUCAGGCGGCCCUUGAACUCGCCGACACGCAAGAGAAGCAAAAGAACCACACGAUAUUCAGUUGUAUUUCCGGGUCUACGCAGGUGACGGUCCACGCUCUGGAGGUCAGCGCCGAUCCGAAGAGCCCGAGAUUUGGUGCCGGGCCGAAGGACGACGCACCCGGACUUUACGUCGAUUGGGCUGUUGAAGAAUCGGGACUUUGCAAGGGCGAUAGAAUUCUAGAGGUGAAUGGCAAACUGGUCGUGGGUGCCGGAAGAAGUGAUCUAGCCAGGUUGCUGGCUGUGGCACCGGAUGCGGCGCAGAUCGUAGUCCUUCGAAAAGGAGAAUCCCUCGCUGCCCUUCGCACCCUUAGAUCUGACAAUCUUCGACUCACCCACAGAAUCGGAUACCUCGAGGAACAGGUCAGAGACCUUCUUACACCUUCGCGACCUCCGGUACCCGCUGAACCCCCACCGAGUCGACAGGAGCACGUCCAGGUUUUUCAAAAAGGACCGCAAGUCACUGCGCUGGUGGCCAAUCUACCCGGUUUGGGAGUUAAAAGUCCUUCGGAACUCCGACAAAGCUUGCCGACGGUGAGGACGAAACAUGGUGAUCAUCCUCGGCGAACGAGCGAGUCUCGUAAUUCCAAAGAAAUGGAUUUUGCGUCGGAUGGAAAUCACGGACAUCAUAAAAACAAAACUAGGCAGAGACCUCAGGGGUAUCAGCUUGCGAGGUCAACAGCCAGCUUGGAUUGUAAACAAUCGUCGAAUUCUCAAGUUCAGCGGAGAUUGCCGCGCGCCGAAUCUGCUAUGGAACAAAUACACAAGAGUCGCAGGAACGCGCCGUCUUUACAGUCUUUAGAGUUCGAUUCAGAGCCCACGUACUAUCGUCUUCAGGAUUCCCAGUCGAGAACAUCUGAGCAGUCGGACGCUUCUAUGAUGUAUUCAUCUCACGAGGCAAGAACGCGCCCUACACCCCCGAAAAAACCUCUCCGACUUUCGCUCCAUAGAGCAGCCAGUCUCCAAUCGGUAGAAAGCGCACCUCCAACUCCGCAGCAUGAACCCAGUCGGAAACCAGUCAAGAGAAAUUAUCGUGGUGAUCCUCCGCAUUCCUUGGAAAGAGAAUCACAUUCUGAACGUAAUGAUCAGAUACCUGUUCAACCCAGCCAAAUGACCAAUCAGCCACCGCAGCCACCACCUAGAACUCCGUCGCGGGCGGAAUCAUGUCAAAGUGCUCUGCGGUGGCCUUCCCCACGACCUAGACCCCAGCUGGCAUCUGUUCCAAUGGAGAAGUGGUGUUAAUUAAAGUCGAAAAAUCAGUGGAACAAUAGAUCACCUGCGAAGGCCUCAAAUCUUGGGCUAAAAAGAUGGGAAUACGUAAUUUUAGGUUUACAUUAAUAGUGGCAAUGCAAAGGAACGUUCGCUAAAUGUCCAUAAUCUGUACAAAAUGCAUUGAUGCAUAAAAUGUAAUUGUUUAAUUCAGAAGUCGUAACUAAUAGUUUUUCAGGAACGAUUUUGUCAAUAAUGCCGGAUUGAUUCUACCGUACUAUAGUUAAGAGUUUAAUUUUGUAGCACGUGACAGAGAAAAUUUUAGAUUAUAUUUUAUUCUAGAUGUGAGUAACGAGUAGAAAUUGGAUGCUAGAUAUUAUCUAGUGUAUGUACUUAUAUUUUUUCUUUGUGACUUCAUACUAUUAGCGUAAUAAAAAAACAUGAUAUUAUAGAAUUA